GUCAAGCGCACAGCCCAUGAUGACAAGCUCCAUAUACCAACGUCCUCGGAGAUCAUGUGGGAAGGACUGCUGGAUGCAUUGUGCUUUAUUUUUGGAUGCGUUCUGUGGCUACUGGCUUGCUCACAGUUCCUGCACAAGUAUGGAUCUGAGAGCCGAGAAGUCGAUACUAUCAUCCUGUGCUUUCCAGUCAUCUUCGGUCCGGGAAAGUGCAUGCUGGAGUUGGAGGACGCGGGCGAGAACUUGACGGUCAGUAUUUUCACUUUGAAUCUCACCUCUACGGUGCUUUGCAUCAAGCACCGCAGCGACACUCCGCAGCUAUCUUCGCUUGAGCCCACCAUUGGUGAGUUGGUUCCCUCAGUUUCUCCAGAGCUUCGGGAGCACACUCUCUACGUUGAUAUCAUGCGGCGCGCGCUCUCCAUUGAGGCAAGCAUGGAUGAUAAACAGACCACAUUUUUGGACGUGUCUAUUACGGGAGAUCCUGAUCCACCGCAGGAAUCCAAAUUUGAAACUGGGAAUAUGCGUUCCACCAAAGUCCGACUUCACCGUGCUCAUUCUGCCUAUCCCACCAGGGUUGCCAUCAGCGCCAAAACGCCGAUACAGGAGGAGCAAUAUCGAUUGCAGGUUGUGCAGGUCACAACGAUCCUUCGCACCUUGCUACUCACAGGCGUUACAUCCACCGGCCUACAGUACCACCGGUGCAUCUUGGGGAAUUGGUUAGACCAUGGUGAGAUUGCGCUUCCCGUGGAUCUUCGCCGCCUUCAGAUUGAGAUUGCCUUUUCAAACAUCCCCUAUGGCAUUCCUUUCAAUUCGCCGCUUACAGACCGUUUUUCGACGGUCUACCUCCCCAUGAAGCAGGGAAAAUGCCAGCAAUACUGCACUCAGCAGAGGGGCUGCUUUGAAUCCAGGAUCACCAGCACAAACGGAUGCUUCUUCAUUUUCGGGCCCACAUCCUUGACCUGUGAGCAGCUACACAAGGAAGACAAGCAGGCUGAAGAGUCGCCAUAUUCUUUCAAUCUCAUGGCAGAGUUGUGCUCUGGGAAUGGUGGCAGCUGCGUGUACCUGAAGAAGGGGUCACCUUAUCAUUUAGUGUCAGACAUGCUGGAUGCUUCGCUAUCCUAUGGGA